AUGAGAACGUCAACUCUCUUCAACGUCCUAUCGGGGGCCGCCGUGGUGGCGGCGGGUGUGCUGGCGAUGGACCUCGGCGACGAGAUGCGCAUGGGAUGGAAGUAUGGCCUACUGCCGCGGCAGACGACACAGAACCUGCAGACUUUCGAGGGGAAUUUGGGCGGUGUACAAGCGUCAGCGAUUACCAAGUCAAAUGACCCUAGUAGACCGUUCGAGGUCGACGGUGAUACUUUUCCCGACUUCAACACCGCCGCGGGCCGAUCUUGCGACAACCAGAAGAACAAGUGCUCACAAGCAGCCAACAACGGGCCGCAAAAGUUUGAGGUGACCAAGUGUGACGAGCAAGCUGAGCAAUGCAAAAAUACAAUCGACACAAUCACAAAGCAGAGCUUUAGCGACCCCGUGUUUUCGGGUACGGUGGGAGAUUUUGACAUCUUUUGUGAUCCUUGA